GUUUUCGUAAGAGCACUUCCAGUCUGUGACAGGCGGUGCAGGCAGCCCGGGCCAGCCGAGCCCCCGCAGCAGCCUGGGCGGCUGACAGCAUGCUCUGGGUGCUCCUGCUGCUCCCACUGCUCCUCCUCCUCCGGCCAGGGAACACAGCUUCACAAGACAGCUCAAACCCACAGACGAUGAAUGGGAUUCUGGGAGAGUCGGUAACUCUUUCCCCGAAGCUUCCUGUAGGGGAAGAUAUUCAGUCCAUCACCUGGAUUCACAGAGGAAGAUCUCUCAUCAUCAUAAUGCCAAAAGUUGAACAGUUCUUAGUGACUGAUCCAAAAUGGAAACAUCGACUGCAAUCCUUGGGGAACUACUCCUUACGACUCAGCAACCUGACAAUGGAAGACGCAGGACUUUACUGUGCCCAGAUAACCAUACCAACAUCUUCAGAGCUUUCCUGUUAUACUCUGAAGAUCUUCAGACGACUGAGUGUCUUAAAUAUUACUGUGCACCCUGGGCUGUCCAAGACCGGGACCUGCGAGGUCCACCUGGCCUGCUCUGUGGAGAACUCACAUGACGCUCUAUUAAAGUGGCACGGAGCAGGGAACACGUCUAUAUAUGAAGCCAACCUCACCAUCUCCUGGGACCCCAGGAAUCCCAGUGAACAAAAGUACACUUGUGUGGCUGAAAAUAUUGUCAGCAGCACAUCCUCCUCUGUCUCCAUCCAGAGUCUCUGCAAAGGUAACAGUCUGUCUCAGGUCCCUCUGGGAGCCUUGAGCAGCUGUGGGGUGUGGCGUGUCCUUCCUGCCCAAGGUUUUUUGAAUCAGAAAAAUCAACAUCUUGAUACCAUAUGGAUUAUAGUUGUGGCUAUUUUGAUGUUUACAGUCAUCCUUGUGGGAUUAUUUGUUUGGAGGAAAAAAGGUUGUUUGUGUAGGACAGGCAUCUUUCAUUUCUCUACUCAGCAAACCCAGAGUGCUGCAGCGACCAUAAGGAACUUAGAUUAUGUCUCCUUCUCUCCAGGGAACACCAUGUAUGCUUGUGUCACUCAUCCAAACAGGCAAACGAAUACCCCAACACCUGGACAAAGUGGUGGUCUCUCCACCAUUUACUCCACAGUUCAUCAGUCCAAAGAGAGUAAAACUAUUCAUUCAGGGAAAGCUCCCCUUGACAACAUCAUCUAAAUUGCUGAGAGGUCUCGAAAGGAACUCAGGAAUGACGCAGCUUCUCCUGAUCCCAGGGGAGAGAACACAGCUUGGUUUCUGGCUGUCAACAAAAUUCGAAUAUUUAGGAUUAUCUCUUCCAAUUCCUCUGACCAGAACCUGCUCAAGUACAUCAAACAUCUAAGGAAUAACAUCAUUUCCAGAGUGUGAUCCAAAUUACAUCUCCUAAUCUGCUCCAGGGCAAAACAUGCUUCCAUAAACAAGUCUGGACAUUGACUUUCUCCUUGGCAACUGAUGGAAAUGUGCUUGACAGAGAGUUAUAAUUUAGAGGACAACCACUCCUCUCCUUUUACGAAGCAGCAGGAUUGUGAUUCACUAGGAGAGAGCACAGCGUGUUGGUUACCUAGGUUGUCUCUGGAAUUGGAUGGGCCUGUUCCCAAAUCUUCACGUGUCAUUUACUAGACAUACCUCCUGGGACAUGUUCUGGAACCUCCUGAGCUCUGGUCUCCUAACCUGGAAAAUGGGAAUCCGCCUGGUACUCAAACCAGGAACCGCAGUUAGCCCUUACAUCAGCUGUUCUAUCAGCACACCCUUUGGACUCUACCUCCAAAUAUAUAUCUUAGACCAAACCACUUCUCUCCAAACCUUUAACCUCCACCCCAUAUCAACCCACCAUCAUCUCCAACCCAAAUACUACAGUAAGCUCAAAACAGAUUUCCCCAGUUUUUGCUCUUACUUCCCUUUGAUCCUCUCUCUACGAGACAGCCAGAGUUAUGUUUUUAAUAUAAAUCAGAUCCUUCACUUGUCUACUUAAAACUGACCCUGCAAGACUUGCCAGGCACUUAGAAAGAAACUGAGUCUCCAUGGCUCUGGGUGGCCCAUCUGCAGCCUCAGCCAUCAGCUCUCCCCACAUCCCCCUCUCUGAUCUGGCUUCUCUGAUUCUCUUUCAGCCCCUCCAGCAGAGGAGAUAGUUUACUCACAUCUGCCUCAAGACCCUUCUUUGCCUGCCUGGCUCCUUCUUACUCUACAGGUCUCAGUGCAUAUAUGUCAACCUCCAAGAAAGACCUCAGACCACUGUCACUGAAGUGGAUGCCCGUUUCUCUGCUACAUCUUCCAUGUCGUCUAUCUUAUGCCAUUAAAUAUUUAUUUUUAUUUAAUGUCUGUUUCUCCUACUCUACUGUAUGUGCUCCGGGAGCAAGGACCGUGACGAUUUUAUCCUUGUAGCCUGAGCACCUAGCACAGUAUCCAGCACAUAGAAAAUGUUCAACGAAUACUUUUUUAAUAAAUAAAGCAAUAUGUGCUGCAGUUUUGUGGGAAUUAAAGACAACGUGCUUACA